AUGCCUGCUAUCACGACGACUGCCGCGGCGGCCUCGACCACCCUUAAACUCGCCGGCGCCGGCGGCUCCUCCUCCAACGAUGCCGAGGACGCCGAAGUCUACGACGAAAUCGAGAUCGAAGACAUGAGCUACGACGCCGACCGGCAGAUUUACACUUACCCGUGCCCCUGCGGAGACCAGUUCGAGAUCACCCUGAGCGACAUGUACGAGGGCCAGGACAUCGCCGUCUGUCCCAGUUGCAGUUUGACGAUUCGGGUGAUUUUUGAAUCCGAGGAUUUGGUCGGCGCGGACAAGGAGGCAGAGUGA